CCUGGCUGGCAGCAAGUUUUUGACAGCUGCAAUGUUGUGCCCGUGUCACUGGAAUUACAUGUAGUACUGCUAGUGAUAGUAGCAAAGAGGAUGUGAAAACUGGAAUAAUAAUGUCUUGCAGAUGAUGAUCUAGGCCUACUUCUGAAAUCCGCAAGGGAACUCUUUUAAAAUGCCCUACCUGGAAAAGACUUCCAGAAGAACAGAUAAGGCCCCCACCAAUACAAAGGGCAAUGACAAGGAACUGCAUGCUCUCAGGAGGCUCCUCUCUCUGCUCAACACUCCCAUAUGCAAAACACAGAAUCACUCUAAAGGGGGCAAAACUGAGUCCCAUCUCCACCAUAGGCCUACAGGUGAUAGAAGUGGUAAGAGCGUAAAAUCUGCAAGGACAGAGGACACUGAACUUGAGAGUUUCAGUCUGACCUACAGAGACCAGAGACAUUUUAGCAGUCAUCCCCAUAACAAGAUAUUCCAAUGCAUCCUCACUGCUUUGAUCAGAAACAGGCUCAAUUGCAGAGAAUGGCUUGACCAUACACCCCCUGAUAACAUUCUGAGAGUCCUCAUUUGUUUGCGUUUGUUGAUCAGAGAACCACAUUAUCAGAGAGUUUUCUAUGAGCUUCAAGGAUCCUGGCACCUUUCAAGGUAUAUGGACUCGGUAUCAGACCGUUAUUUGGAUGCUGGAGAACAAACAUUGGGUGUAGAACAUCUAGUCACUAUGACAUAUGUAUUUCAGAAAAUAGCUGCAAAGGAAGACCAGAGAAAAUGGGUUAUUGAAUGCGGUGCACACAAGGUUCUUGUAAAGCUCCUGACCACUAAAGACAGUAGUGUCUUACUAGGGGCUCUCCUCGCCCUGACCUCCCUGGCUGAAAGUGUGGAGUGCAAGGAGAAGAUAGGAGAGCUGUGCAUCGUUGAAAAUCUGCUUGUCAUCUUACAAGAAUACGACCUGUUGUCCAAAAGGACGUGUGCGGAGCUGCUGAGGCUGCUGUGCCCUGUGCGGCGGGUGCGGGAGCAGCUGAAGGCCUGCGAGGGCGUGCCCGUCCUGCUCAGCCUGCUCCACGCCGACCACCUCAAGCUGCUCUGGAGCGUGGCCUGGGUUCUGGUCCAGCUCUGCCAGGACCCCGAUGCCAACGCCGAGAUCCGUGCCUGGGGUGGCGUGCAGCAGCUGCUGCGCAUACUCCACGUUGAGCGGGCGUAUGUGUCGGACCGUGCCUCCAUCGAGACCCUGUCCAGUGCCAACGCCGCUCGUCGUAUCCAGAGGCAGCACCUCUCCGAGGAGCUCAGUCCACAGGAAACCGCAGAGAACAUCAUGGCACUGCAGGCAGCCUGCUGUGCUGCAGUAACUGAGCUGGUCUUGGAUGAUGCUACAGCUCAUCAUAUUGUUCAGGAAAAUGGAAUCUACAUAAUAGCAAAGCUGAUUCUGCCACAGUCUGGACCCAAGGGGUCAUCACUACAGUGUUAUGCAUUUAGGACACUUCGCUUCUUGUUCAGCAUAGAGCGAAACAGACACCUGUUUAAGAAACUGUUUCCAACAGACCUCUUUGAGAUGUUCAUUGAUGUUGGACAUUACGUUAGAGACAUUACUGCCUAUGAGCCACUGCAGGAAAAAGUUUCUGUUUUCAGUAGUGAAGAACUAAAUGAAUUGAAGGAAAGCGUUGAGAUUGUGAACCAGAACCGACCCCCUCUUAAAGUGAUCAAUGGCUACGCCAUUCUGGACCAUCUGGGCAGCGGGGCCUUUGGAAGUGUUUUCAAGGUCCGGAAACAGAAUGGACAGAACCUUCUGGCCCUGAAGGAGGUGAACCUUCACAACCCAGCUUUUGGCAAAGACAAGAAGGCCCGAGACAGCAGUGUGGAGAACAUAGUCUCGGAGCUGACCAUCAUCAAGGAGCAGAUGAACCAUCCGAAUAUUGUGAAGUACAUUAAGACAUUUUUAGAAGUUGACAGGAUGUAUAUUGUGAUGGAACUCAUAGAGGGAGGUCCUCUCUCAGACCAUUUCACCUCACUCAAAGAGAAGCAGCAGCAGUUCACUGAAGACAGGGUGUGGAACAUUUUCAUACAGUUAUGCCUGGCACUGAGAUAUUUGCACAAGGAGAAGAGGAUUGUCCAUAGAGACCUCUCCCCUAAUAACAUCAUGCUGGGAGAGAAGGACAAAGUCACUAUCACUGACUUUGGACUUGCAAAGCAGAAACAAGAGAACAGCAAGCUGAUGUCAGUGGUGGGCACCAUACUGUACUCCUGCCCUGAGAUAGUGAAGAGUGAGCCCUAUGGGGAGAAGGCGGAUGUGUGGGCCGUGGGCUGCAUCCUGUACCACAUGGUCACCCUCCAGCCGCCCUUCUACAGCACCAACAUGCUCUCCCUCGCCACCAAGAUUGUGGAAGCAGUCUAUGAACCUAUAGAGGAGGGCGUCUUUUCUGAGCGAGUCAAAGACCUGAUCAAAUGGUGCCUGACCCCAGACCCAGACGGACGGCCGGACAUUGUUGAGGUCAGCGCCAGAAUCUCCGAUGUGCUGAUGAGGUUCAUGGAUAACCUGUGUGCCAGCCAUCAGGCCCUUGAGCGCAGAUCUGAGCGAGACCGGAAGCGAGCGCAGAAGUACUUCCUGGAAAGCAAUCAACACUGGACACUAAGCUCUCAGAGAAAAAUCAUCAAGGAGAAUGAAGCCUGUGCAGAGGCCGGAUCUGGGAGCAUUCAGCAUUCUUCUCAGUGCAGUUCACAAGCUGAAGGAGACACUCAGCCUUCAUCUGAGUGCAGUUUACAAGCUGAAGAGAAGCAAGAGCAUCAGGCUAAUGGUUUUGAGGAACACUCCAGAACAGCCUGCAGCUCCGCUACAGAGUUGUGUAAAAAAAAGCCUGAGACCCACCGAGAGCAGUGUCAGCCACUCUCUCUGUCAGAGCACUCUCCUGCCUGCAGCGAUUUUCUACUUCCACAGUCAAAGUCCCGCCCAGCCACAGCAGGAAUUUUUGUAUCUCAGAGGAAACUUCGGCAAAUAGAGGACCCCAUUCAAAGACUGGUUGGACUGCUGCAUAAAAUCAUUUAUAUUUGUCAGCUUCCUCCAGCCCCACACUACAACCACAGAAGACGGACUAUAGAGAGGUUCAAAAAAUCUUUAUUCCAUCAAGGAAGCAAUCCAUUGAGCCUUAAAGUGGAAUUAAACAAGGUUCUUCAGGGAAGCUCAGACUUGGUUGAGUCUGUGUCUACCUGCAGAGAUUGGUGGUCUCAGGUCCAGUCUUUUGGGGGGGAACCUUUCAGCGCUGAACCACGAGGUGACAGUGGCUAUGCAAGUCUGCAGGAUGGUAUCACAUAUGAACAGUUGCAAACUCUGAUAGAGGAUGAACUUGAGGAAAAUGGCUACCACAGCAGAACAGCAUCCAGGAGCGAUCAGGGGGCAGUGUGUGGAAACCAGAGACCCUAUUCUCCAAGUGCUCUUGUAUCCUCCCGAGGCCAGUCACAACAAGGCCAUGUAGUGGAGAAAUCUGGUCCGUGAGCUUAACCGGAGGCCUGCCCCGGUGCAGUCUGUCUCAGCUUCCCAUGGAGCACGGAUUGGGUCACCAGACUCACUUCAUCUGAUUGGCCUAUCUCUGCACUUGUAUAGUGAUUGUAGAAGUAUGAUCAUGCACAUGAUAUUGUCAGCAUAGUAUCAACAUUUUGUUGGACAGGGAGCCUUAGAUGUGGUAGUAUUACACAGACGUGCAAUUAUUAGGUAUACUGUAUUCCAUUUGAUGUUUGACUCAGCUUCUGCAGAAAAAAAUGCUAUGCUGUGUCGAAUUACAUGCAAUUUGGUCUCACAAUCAGAUGAAUGAGUUGUUAUUUUUUCUAAUGUUGUAUUUGCUUUAAAAAAAAAAAUACCCCAGCAACAUUAAGCUGUCUCAAUUACAAUCCUGUUAUGUAAGAUGGCUGUAUCUCUGCAUUCUAGGGCUGUUGGUAAUGCAGAGGCUAUAUUUAGCAGAUUAAGGGCUGAAGUAGAGCAGCGAGGACGACCUUUGCCCUGUGAAAGAGUGUAGUAUUUUUACAUCUAUUGCAGUCGACUUCCUACUGUAGCAUUGUGCUAAGGUUCUGCUCUUCCACUUGUAACAGUCCGUCAAAAUGUCGUGGACAUACUUAGUGUUUACAUAUUUACUGUUGCUGUUUGUUGUCUUCAUAGAUAUGACCCUUGUACAAGGUUUUUAAUCUCAGGGUAACUGAUGCACUUUUUCUGGAAAUGACAAUCAUUCUGUCAGAUUUGUUUGGAAUGUAUCAUAAA